AUGUUGUGCUGGGGAAAUGCAUCUUUUGGACAGCUAGGUUUGGGUGGAAUUGAUGAAGAAGUUGUAUUAGAGCCCAGAAAAAGUGACUUUUUCAUAAACAAAAAAGUCCGAGAUGUAGGAUGUGGACUCAGACAUACUGUAUUUGUUCUGGACGAUGGAACAGUAUACACAUGUGGAUGCAAUGAUCUGGGACAGCUAGGUCAUGAAAAAUCCAGAAAGAAACCAGAGCAGGUUGUUGCCCUGGAUGCCCAAAAUAUUAUAGCUGUUUCAUGUGGAGAAGCUCAUACAUUAGCACUAAAUGACAAGGGCCAGGUGUAUGCUUGGGGUCUCGAUUCUGAUGGACAACUUGGCCUGCUAGGAUCAGAGGAAUGUAUCAGAGUACCCAGAAAUAUUAAAUGUUUAUCAGAUAUCCAGAUAGUACAAGUUGCUUGUGGUUAUUAUCAUUCACUUGCACUUUCUAAAGCAAGUGAAGUUUUCUCCUGGGGACAGAAUAAAUAUGGCCAGUUGGGUUUAGGCACUGACAGUAAAAAGCAAGCUUCACCACAACUGAUUAAGUCCUUGAUUGGAAUCCCUUUCAUGCAAGUUGCAGCAGGAGGAGCCCAUAGUUUUGUACUCACCCUUUCUGGAGCUAUCUUUGGAUGGGGACGCAACAAAUUUGGUCAACUAGGUCUUAAUGAUGAAAAUGAUAGGUAUGUUCCUAAUUUACUAAAGUCACUAAGAACUCAGAAAAUAGUUUAUAUUUGUUGUGGAGAAGAUCAUACUGCUGCACUAACCAAGGAAGGUGGAGUGUUUACUUUCGGAGCUGGAGGGUAUGGUCAGUUGGGUCAUAAUUCUACUAGUCAUGAAAUAAACCCAAGGAAAGUUUUUGAACUUAUGGGAAGCAUUGUCACUCAGAUUGCUUGUGGAAGGCAGCACACUUCUGCUUUUGUUCCUUCAUCAGGGCGAAUUUAUUCCUUUGGACUUGGUGGGAAUGGGCAGUUAGGAACCGGUUCAACAAGCAACAGGAAAAGUCCUUUUACUGUGAAAGGAAAUUGGUGCCCAUAUAAUGGGCAGUGUCCACCAGAUGUUGACUCGGAAGAAUCUUUCUGUGUAAAAAGAAUUUUCUCAGGUGGUGAUCAGAGCUUUUCACAUUACUCUAAUCCCCAGAAUGGUGGGCCACCAGAUGACUUUAGAUGUCCUGAUCCUUCAAAGCAGAUCUGGACUGUGAGUGAAGGUCUGAUUCAAAAAUGGCUGAGCUACCCCUCUGGAAGAUUUCCUGUGGAGAUAGCCAAUGAAAUAGAUGGAACAUUUUCUUCUUCUGGUUGCCUAAAUGGAAGUUUUUUAGCUGUUAGCAAUGAUGAUCACUAUAGAACAGGUACCAGAUUCUCAGGGGUUGAUAUGAAUGCUGCUAGGCUUUUAUUCCACAAACUUAUACAACCUGAUUAUCCUCAGAUAGCUCAGCAGGUGGCAGCUAGUUUGGAAAAGAAUCUGAUUCCUAAACUGACUAGCUCCUUGCCUGAUGUUGAAGCAUUGAGGUUUUAUCUUACUCUACCAGAAUGUCCCCUGAUGAGUGAUUCCAACAAUUUUACAACAAUAGCAAUUCCCUUUGGUACAGCUCUUGUGAACUUAGAAAAGGCACCACUGAAAGUACUUGAAAACUGGUGGUCAUUACUUGAACCUCCACUAUUCCUCAAGAUUGUAGAACUUUUUAAGGAAGUUGUGGUACAUCUUUUGAAACUCUACAAGAUUGGCAUUCCCCCUACUGAAAGAAGAAUUUUCAACAGUUUUCUUCAUACUGCAUUAAAGGUUUUAGAAAUAUUACAUAGGGUAAAUGAGAAAGCGGGGCAGAUUAUACAGUAUGAUAAAUUUUAUAUACAUGAAGUACAAGAAUUGAUAGACAUAAGGAAUGAUUAUAUCAACUGGGUUCAACAGCAGGCCUAUGGAAUGUUGGCAGAUAUCCCUGUUACAAUCUGCACAUAUCCAUUUGUAUUUGAUGCCCAAGCAAAAACUACUCUGCUACAAACAGAUGCAGUCCUACAGAUGCAGAUGGCUAUUGACCAGGCCCACAGACAGAAUGUGUCCUCUCUUUUUCUCCCAGUGAUUGAGUCUGUGAAUCCCUGCUUAAUUCUAGUGGUACGCAGAGAAAAUAUUGUAGGAGAUGCAAUGGAAGUCCUUAGGAAAACAAAGAAUAUAGACUACAAAAAACCACUCAAGGUUAUAUUUGUUGGAGAAGAUGCUGUGGAUGCAGGAGGGGUACGCAAAGAAUUUUUUUUGCUCAUCAUGAGGGAAUUACUGGAUCCUAAGUAUGGCAUGUUUAGGUAUUAUGAAGAUUCCAGACUCAUUUGGUUUUCUGAUAAGACAUUUGAAGACAGUGAUUUGUUCCAUUUGAUUGGUGUUAUCUGUGGAUUAGCUAUUUAUAAUUUUACUAUUGUGGACCUACAUUUCCCUUUGGCUUUAUAUAAGAAAUUGCUGAAAAAGAAGCCAUCCCUGGAUGAUUUGAAAGAACUAAUGCCUGAUGUUGGGAGAAGCAUGCAACAAUUACUAGAUUAUCCAGAAGAUGAUGUUGAGGAAACAUUUUGUCUUAAUUUUACGAUCACAGUUGAAAACUUUGGUGCAACAGAAGUGAAAGAGCUGGUUCUAAAUGGUGCAGACACCGCUGUUAACAAACAGAAUCGGCAGGAGUUUGUUGAUGCUUAUGUGGAUUACAUAUUCAAUAAAUCGGUGGCUUCCUUAUUUGAUGCUUUCCAUGCGGGCUUUCAUAAAGUGUGUGGAGGAAAAGUCCUUCAGCUCUUCCAGCCUAAUGAACUACAAGCAAUGGUUAUUGGAAAUACAAAUUAUGAUUGGAAGGAACUAGAAAAGAAUACAGAAUACAAAGGGGAGUAUUGGGCAGAACAUCCUACAAUAAAAAUAUUUUGGGAAGUAUUUCAUGAAUUGCCAUUGGAAAAGAAAAAACUAUUUCUGUUAUUUUUGACAGGUAGUGAUCGGAUUCCUAUUCUUGGUAUGAAGAGUCUAAAACUAGUCAUCCAGUCAACAGGAGGUGGUGAGGAGUACCUCCCAGUGUCCCAUACCUGUUUUAAUCUUCUAGACCUUCCAAAAUACACAGAAAAAGAAACUCUACGUUCUAAACUGAUUCAAGCUAUCGAUCACAAUGAAGGUUUCAGUUUAAUAUAA